AUGUCAUCACCAUCAUAUUUAUUCGUUUUUGAACAUUUUCAUAUGGAAAUUCCAUAUAUUAAUCAUACUAUAGAUUUAUUUCCGCCAUGGACUUAUGCGAUGUCAUUAGGAACAUGUUUACUCUAUCUAUUUUUGGUUACAACGAUUUUUCCAUUAUUAACAACGAAAUUAUCACCAAAUUUUAAACAUUCUUUUGCAAAAAUUCAUCAUGGAUUAUUAUUUUUAUAUUCAUUAUUUUCAUGUGUUGCUGCUUUAUAUCAUCUAAUUAUAACAGGUGAAAUAACAAAUUGGUCAGCUUUAAUUUGUAAUCCAUUACCUCCAUGGCUUCGUUUUAUAUCAAUUACUUUUACUGUUUCAAAAAUAUGGGAAUGGCUUGAUACAGCUAUUCUUAUUUGGAAAGGACAUUCAUUGAAAAAAAUUGGAUUUCUUCAUACAUAUCAUCAUGCUACAACAUUUUUAUUAAUGAUAAUUGUUAUGAAUUUACCUGGUCCAGAAAAAGGUGGAAUGCUAUUAAAUGGUUUUGUUCAUGUCCUUAUGUAUUAUCAUUUUGCUUUUCGUUUACCAAAAUUUCUUCGACCUAUUAUUACAGCAUUACAAAUUGUACAAUUAAUAACACUUACAUAUAUGUGGCAUAUUGUACCAGAUCUUUGUCCAAGAUAUGAAAAUUUUUCUCGUGAACAUUUAAUAAUCUUUCUUAUUCCAUAUGCUCUUGUACCUGUGUAUUGUUUAUUUUUCUUGAAAUUUUUUAUAGAACAAUAUCUUUUUUCAUCUUCCGAAAAAGUUACAUCGUCUUCACGAAAGAAACAAUGA